AUGGACCGUUUGGAUACGCAUCGAAUUGUGGAAGAUGCCGCGUCUUGUGCCGCUGAGCUGCGAAGAAUCGUAGAGAGCCUGCCGGCUCUGACAUUUGGUGGCGACCUGAGCCGGGAUUUCAUUGUCGAGGGAUGUAACCGCGUCGAGAAUACUCAACCUCGGCUAAGUAACAUCAAAUUCCCAGACGGCUUCUUACCGGACUCUCGUCUGCCGCGCACUGUGGUCGGAACCCUAGGCGACACUGGCGUUGGCAAGAGCAAGCUUCUGAGCGCACUUCUCGGGAAGAAUGUGCUACCCACCAGCUCCAGCAAACGAGGAACAUCAUUUCCCACGAUUAUCGUUCACCAUCCGCACCCAACCAUCGAGGCUGCAGUCUCUUUUAUGAGCAAAGAAGACUUCACCAAGCAUGUCGAGACUGCGAUCGACCUCGUCAAACCUGACGAAGACGGGGAUUAUAUGGUGGAGACAUCGCUCAAAGUGGAUCCCUCGUACUCCCUUCUCAGCGAAGCCCUUGGGUUAUUCCGGGACGACUUCGCCGAGGAAGGAGCCUCCGUUGAAACAAUCUUGGCAAAGUGCCCAGAGGUCCGCAAAUUACUCGGGACGAUCGACAUCGUCGAGGCGGAUAACGAUAAGAAAUUUCUCAAAGAGACCACUAGACGAUACGCUCGCCGCAUCGGCCAUUUCGAAUACAAAAAGUGGCCCUUGGUGGAUCUCAUGGUCAUCAAGUGCAAUUCUGAGUUGUUGUCUGAGGGCGUGAUACUAGUGGAUCUUCCGGGAUCUGCUGAUGUGAGCGCUACUGUGUUGCGUGCAACAGAAGCCUUCAAAGACAAACUUCACUUCACGCUGGGUGCUGCACGCGUCGAGCGAUCUGAAGACGACGCGGGGCUACUCUCCUAUAUUCAAGACGAGAUUAAUAGGCAACGUCGCAUGCAGAGCAAUGGCGCCGAUCAAACCGACGGGAACCAGGCAGAUUCACCGCCUUCACGCCAACCACCAGUCGUCGAUUCCACACUCGCCGCCAUCGUCACCAAGUGCGACUCGAAUACGAACGUCAAACUCGAUGAGCUCGAGCGGGACAACGAGAUUGCGCCUCUAUUGCGGGAGAAUCGACGAUACCUGGCGUUGCGUAAACAUCAGAGGGCACUCGAAUCCCGCAUACGCAGACUCGAAGGCGACGAUGAUGAUGAUAGCGAUCUUGAUGAACUUGCUUCCGAUGGCGAAGCCUCUGGCCCUUCUCCCGACAACUUGCAAACUCGCAAACGCUCUCAAUCGCCGAAUGAAUCGACAGAUGCCUCUGCGGUCAAACGACGGAGAACUAGUCUUGAUAGCGCAACGGACGUCAAGGUCAAGAUCGAAGGCUCAAAGGCACCUCGUCUCGAAUACGAUGCGGAUCGUAUGGUUGUGGAUCCAGAGGCGGACGUGGAGACGUUGCAAAGGCAGUUGGACGCGUGCAAAAAGGAGCGUGAGAUCAUUGCUGCCGGUGUGCGCUCUCAGGUCAUUUGCCGGACGAUUAGGAAACAGUACCACGAUCAUGCUACAAAGUCUUUGGCAGGAGACAUCGCUUCUCUGCCUGUAUUCGCAACGAGUGCAGAGGACUUCGCGCAGACGCUGAAGAAGUCGGGCAAGUUGGACCUUUCUGCGGAGCUCGAGAGAUCAGGGAUCCCUGCCGCUCGAGCGUUCAUUCACAACUUGGGCGCGCGCGAGCAAUAUGCUAUGGCGGCCGACGUCAUCCAGCCCUUCCGAGCGCAGGUCACAUCUGUCCUGGACCUCGUCAGCGUUGUUGAACCGCAAAGCGUCGGGGUCGCGGCGCAGCAAAAGCAAAUGUUGAUGGAGACGUGGGCGACUCAGGGCUCGAUGGAAUCGGAAAAGCUCGUGAGCGGUGGUAUUCAGUUCGAAUUGAAAGCGGCUCUCAACGUGAUCGUAGGCUCGGAGAUCAAGGAAGUUCGCAGCAAACUCGCACUGUUGGAGGCAGCGUGCACUGCCCCUCUUAUGAUGCUGGCUGCCGAGCGUGUUCCAACUAUCAUGAAAGAGAUUGUGAAGCAGAAGCAGCAUUGGGGUAUCUGGCGCGCACAUCUUCGUCACAACGGUGUCUAUAACGGGGUCGACUGGAACCGAAAACUCGCGGCGCCACUCCUCGAAGCCAUGGGCACGCAACGCGAUGAGCUGUACGAACAGUGGAACAGACUGUCCGGAACAGCUCUUCAGAACAAAGUCAUCAACGCCGGCAUACGAGUGCUGCAGAAGAUCAUGUUCUCGUCUACCUCUUACGAGGCUAAUCUCAAAAUGAGCGUGAACGACCACGUCAACAAGGCCAUGGCUCUCGUCGCACAGGAGGCCCAUAAGCUGCAACAGAUCGUCAUCGCCGAAGUCCUCGACAACGACGAACGUGCUUCGCGUUCUAACUCGGUCGUCGAAGCCGUUGAGGCACAACUUAGUCAUAUCUAUGACAGGGCACUCAAGAAGAUUAAAGGCAGGGAGAGUACUGUGAAGCAGAAGGACUUUGUCGAAGAAGCCGUCAACGAGGCGGCCGAGUCCGUGUUCAAGAAGGUUGUUCAAGACUUCAUCAACGAGCGCCGCGCCACUAUCGACAAGGUCGAGACGAAGCUCUUGGAGGCCUUGGAGCACAUGGCCAAAGAGGCCGAGCUGGCAAUAUCGCCCGUAUGGGCGUCUGCCGGGUACGAUGCCGAGCAGAUCGAGGCGCGCGCACGCGCGGCUGAAGUGGUAACAAGCAUCCGCAACCGUCUCCUCGAGAUGGAAGAGGCCUUGAAGAGCGCGAUGGAGCGCUCGGCGAUGGCCCCGUCUUGUUAUCCACCCCCGACUAUAUUCUGA